AUGUCGAAACGUUCAAGUAUUAAUGACGAUAAAGUUACAUCAGAAAUGAUCUUGAAAAACAUAAAUGAAGCUUCAGAAAUGAAUGUUGAUAUGUCAAAAAUUCUGAAUUCAGAGCAAAUGCAACUGCUAACAACUUACAAGGAUACGUACAAUUUCGACUGUGCUCUGUCUUUCUUUUUAUCAUUAGCAAUAAUGUCGCACUUCACUCAAGGCUCUUAUUACACCUACUAUGCCAGCUCUGACCAUCUUCCGGUUCAACUCUAUUUAUGGCUGCUAGGCCCUAGCGGAAGUGGUAAAACGUAUGCAUUCAAACAACUUGAAAAAGCUAUCACAAAAACUGAGAAAAUGUUUCCAUCGACAUACAUGAAACCAGUCAUGGUGAAUGGCAGUCUAACUGAAUCACCGUUAUCAUCUAUCGUUAGCCAUACCAGUCAAGUUGGCUUGAGGCAACAUCUGGCAUCAAACAGCAAAAUAUUGUUGAACGACGAUGCGGACUCAAUUGCUGAGACAUACGGAUUGUAUAAUGUGAAUGACUCUGGAAAGGAGCAUGAGCGAAAUAUCAUACUUUGCGGAUAUGAUGGCUUUAGCAAGUGGUCCAAAACUACAGGAACAACAUUUAUAGAAAUCGAAAAUAAGCGAUUGUCGAUUGCAUUUGCUAUCACUGGUGGGAAACUAUCCAAAAAUAUGAAGAACUGGACAAAUGCUACUGGAUUCGAUGGUACACACAAUAGAUUUUUGUAUAUGAGUAUUCCUAAAUCGCCUUACAUAAGACCUCAAGACUUUCAAAUCAACGUGAACUCAAGAAACAAUCCGACGCUUGCUCAUCUAGCUGUGAUCAUUCAUCUAUUUGGUACUGUACGAUUUGUUUUUGAAAUGUCACAAGCUGAGCGUACAAAAUUUUGCGAUGCAUCAUUCGAUAAAUCAUCUAUGUCACAAAUUGAAACUGAACAAUCUCAACAAAAUGCUUCCGGUAUGUUCACGUUGUGGAAUUUAAUCAUUGAUUUUAAAGAAACACAAGAUCAAAUUCCAAAUCAACAACAACAAAUUGUCGAUUUUUAUGGUAAAGUGAAUACAACCUUCCCUAGAUUAGCGUGCUUACUGCAAUUAUACAUUAACGCUAUGGUAAUACUUGAACGUGUUAAAGAUUUCGUUGUGUAUGCCGAAGGUGACAAUCAAGAUUUAAUUAUCAAUGAGGACUUUGUAAGGAACGUAGAUAUGAUAAUAAAAGCUGAUUACCAUAGAUAUGAUAAAACAUAUUUACCACGUACAGAAGUGAGUCGAGAAGUUACGAAUCCGAUGGUACUUGUUGAAAAAGAGACCAUUCUAUCAGCAUGGGGUUGGUACGAACAUCAUCUAAAUAUAAUUACAAAGUUAUUCACAAUUGAUUAUGAUUUCACACCUAAACCUACUAUUGCACCACCAACAAUUUCAUUUAAACAAAAAACGUUAAAACAACUGAUAAUGGAUUUGGAUUUUAACAUUUUCCCAUUAUCAUCAAUAAGCGUCAAACAUCCUGUCACAGAAAAGACAGGCAUAAUGAAGAACAGACCAGCAUUGGGCGAGAAAGCACUUCAAGAAUUAAUAAAUGAUAAUUUACUAAAAUUUAAUUAUUUUUUAAUUGAUACUCGUGGCCGCAAUGUUAAAUCAUAUAUGAAGGCGCCGGUGCCAUUAGACGAUGAUCCAACACGAGAUAUUUUUAUGAAAAACUUACUAAAGCAUGACAUAGAUUAUGAUGAGUAUUGUUCUAUCUAUAAAUCAUCUUCAAUUCCACCACAAAAUAACUUUUCCAAUUUAACAUUAGAAAUCUUUGAACAUAGUGGGUGUUUUGUAAAUGAGUAUCCAAAGUAUCGUGAUCAACUAAAUGUUGUGAUCAAAAAACAUAUUGAACGUUGUGUUAUUCAAGAAGCUGUACAAGGAAAUUUUGUUAUUCUUAAUACAAAUCAAUUUACUCAACAAUUUCAUACUAUUGAAAAUUUAGUCUGCGGUACUCAAUCGAAUCAAGCAAGAAGCAAACGCCAGCCUCUGAAUAUAAUUAAUCAAGCAAAUAAACCAACGGUACAAUUUAGGCAUACAACAGCUUCCAUAGUCAGUGAUCCUCGUGCGGCAGAUGAGAAAAGUCAGCAAAUACAGAAUAAUAUCUCGACAGACAUAUCACGGGAUCCAGAAAAUGCUGCUAUAAUAGAAGAAACUUUCACGGCUGAUGCAGAUCCUCUCUUUGAUGAUACCUGUAAUUCGAUUAUGUCAACAUGUGGAAAGCCAAGUGAUGAUAAAGAUGAGUCUUCUAACAUAUCAACGCAGGAAAUUGUGACAAAAGCCACGAAUAAAUAUGAACAAACAAGCGAACAAGCAGUUAAAAAAGCCAUGCACAGCAUAAUGAUUGGAAAAUCUGUCAUUUACAGCAAAACAGAUCUGACUAUGAUGUGUAAUAAACAAAAUGUUCGACAGGCUGCGAUGGAACGUUUAGUCGAUGCUAAAUUGCUUAAAUAUGGAGACAACCUGUGGAUCGAACCGAAUCGUACAAAAAAGACUACUAAAAAAAAUUCAAAACCUAUAUUUCGUCCAGGGUGGUUGAAAAUGUGUCCAGCAUCGAAUUCAGAUGUGUCAAAAUUUGAUUUUAUAAGAACUCUACAAGAACAUGUAAAUCUCAGUUAUGAUGAGUAUUUGAAAUCAUUUUAUCCUCAUGAAAAGGAGAAUGUUUUUACAAACAACAAUUGGAGAUUAUCAGAUGAAGUAAUCAAAAUAUUUCAAUCAAAUGCAUUUUAUAAAGAACACAUUCGAUACGAUAUCCAACGAUUUCGACCAUGUGAUUUAGAGAAUAAUUUGUUAAAUGCGGAAAACCAGUCAGAACCGCCAGUGGCGCUAAUCUCAUGUUCGAACAAUUCGCAAGAAACAUCACCAAACGGAAACCCAACAGAGAUGUCUCAGCAACAAAGAAUUGAUGGUAGCAGUGAAGAAGAAGAUAUGUCGUACACUUGCCCAUUAUCAACGAGUGUCAAAAGAAAAAUUGGAUCUCAUACAAAUUUCCAAGAAAAUCUAAAACGCAUACAACCAAGAAGGAUGAAGAAAAAUUAA